UGCAGCCCACGCCGCGGGAGGAGCCGGUUCUGCGCUGGGAGGUGCUGCGGGCCCCGCUGGCCCCGGCCCAGGCCGCGCCGGUCCUAGUGACCCCGCACCGGUUGGAGCUGGUGCCGGGGGAUGCGCUCCAGGUCAUGGUGCACACGGAGCAGCAGCAGGUGGCUGCGAUGGUGCCCCUGGGGGUAUCGCAAGGACCUCCAGACUCCUGCCUGGAGCAGCCCGUGCACGUGCCCCGCAGGCAGGCUGGAAGCCCAGCUCCACCUCACACCCCUGAAGAGGAGUCCCCGCCCCAGCAGGAGUCAGAUUCCUCGGACACGGACCGGACCUGGGACUCAUCAGCGGAUGAGAGCUCCCUGGGCCUGUGCCGCAGACGGGGCCCUUCCCCAGGAGCCGGUGCAGGGCCCCGGGAUGAAGCAGAGGAGCAGCCUCCUCAGGAAGGUCCUGCUGACCUGGAGCUGCCAAAACCAGGAGCCAGGGUCUCCCCGCGACCCGGGCAGCGCAAGAAGCAGGUGCAGGCGAGGCGCCCCACUGGGGAAAAGUGCCACGGCUGCCCAGAGUGCGGGAAGCGCUUCACCCGUGCCAACAACCUGGCUAUCCACCGCCGUCUGCACUCAGGUGAGCAGCUGCAUAAGUGUCCUGAGUGCGGGAAGACCUGUGUGACCCACUCGGACCUGGCCAAGCACUUGCGUGUGCACUCCCGGGAGCGGCCGCACAAGUGCCCUGAGUGCAGCAAGACCUUCAUCAAGCUGUCCCACCUGGCCCGGCACCGGCGCGGCCAUUCAGAGGCCUGGCUGUACUCCUGUGACGAGUGUGGUGACAGCUUUGUUUUCUACUCCAGCCUGGUCCGGCACCGCCACCUUCACGCACGCCAGCAGCCGUAGCUCUGCCUCUGGGUACUUGCCUAGGGCUGCCUGUGGCCCCAGCCCCUGCGCCUGGUGUGGGGUGCAGUUCAGCCUCCCAUUGUUAUUCCCAAGGCACUAAGGAUGCAUGGGGGCUUGACCCUGAGGUUGGAUGGGAGGCAGAGAGGGGCUGCCCCUGCAGCUGGGAUGCCAGCAGGAGUUAGCGGGGGGCCAGGCUCAGGGAAAGGGAAUGAGAAUCUGGCCUAGGAUCGUGGUGAGCACAAGAGGCCUCAAAUAGGUACAAAGGUGCCCCAGGGGAGACCUCCCUCCUCCCUCUUGGAUCAUUCCUGGAACCAGCACCCUCCAUCAAGCUUCCAGGCUGUCUGGUUCUCCCAGGUGGAUCAGGGUGCUCUCCCAGCCAGAGGCCUUCAUCGUCACAGCUGGGUCUGAUGAGCACCUGGCAACUCUUAUGCAUGUCAUCCCAGCUCCAUGCUCGUCACGGCAGAGGCUGACAAACUGUCCCUCUCCAGGCCCCGGGAUCCCAGUAAGUGAGGCUUCUGGAGUGCAGCAAUAAUGAUAGUGCUCGCUGAACCCUGCUUUUCCCACCUUUUAUAACUUAUCCUCCUCAGUAGGCUGUUUGCAACCCGCUGCCAUGUUCCCAGUCCAAUUUGGCAGGUUUUCCUGUUUCAGCCUCUCCUCGUACUUCUGCCCCAUCACUUGCCUUCACAGCUUGUCUCAGAACUGCCUGUGGUGUUCCCAGGGCAAGUGUCUGCUGCUUCUCCAGAGCUGUGCAGUGGGAAAAGCCCAGGGGCCAGAGCCUCUUGCCAGGCCUCAGUGGCACUGGCACCUCCAACCUCUUCUCUUUCAGUGGGAACACCAGGAUCCCAACACUUGGAGCUUUCCUGGCCAGGGAAUAGAAGCUGGUCAUGCUCUGGGAUGUAGCUCAUAAACAUGGACAGUCAGGACCCUGCACUGAGGGUUUUUGUGGGGUCUCUGAGCUAGGAGUCCCUCUGCUAGGUUAGAGUUGGGGAGAGACCCCUUGGCAGGUCCUGCCUUUCUCAUCAAAGAUGCCCGGUGUGCGAGCCAUUUGCAUAGAGAUUGUGCCCAUUGGAAUUUCCUGCAAAGGGUCCCAAAGCCACGUGGCUCUGGGUUUCUCCCCGAGUAAUUACUCCAAGAGGUCGGGCGCAUCAGGUUUUCUUUCAUCCUGUCACUGUUGUAUCAGCUCAUCCCUUGGGUCCUUGUACUGCAGGAAGGGCCAAGACUCACCUUCCCUGAACACGGCAGAAGCUCCAAAGUCAGGAAACUUUCCCUAUAUUACAGUUUUUCUUAAAGAAAA